AUGUAUCUCCCAGCAUCGUCCGCGUCGGCGGCAUUACCCGACCUUGUCAUCGCUAUCCAGAGGAGCGAGAUUGGCGGCUGGUCCAGCCUGAUAGGAGUCGUGUCUGCCAUUAUUGGGAAUAUUCUCAUCUCCUUUGCCCUCAACACCCAGCGAUAUGCGCAUCUACGAUUGAGCAGAGAUAAGGAAGCGGCACGGCAGGAAAAGCGCAGGGCUGCGAAGAAGAGAUCCCUCCACAAUUAUGGGACCACGACUCCGACGAAUGGUGGAGGCGGAGGCGGAGGCGGAGGCGGAGGGAAGCAUGACGGCAAGGACUACGCGCUGGGCCGCCGCAUCGACAACGACGAGACGAGGCCGUUGAUGUCAAGAAGCGACUCUCCAUCGUCGACUCUAGCUUCCUCGCAGCAGGAUGAGAAGGAUGACGAGGAACCCAAGGAAAAAUCCUAUCUACAAUCGCCCAUCUGGUGGGUCGGCAUUGGCUUGAUGGUGACGGGAGAGAUUGGAAACUUUUUGGCGUACGGCUUUGCGCCUGCAUCCAUCGUGUCACCACUGGGCGUGGUGGCGCUGAUCUCCAACUGUCUCAUUGCGCCACUCUUGCUGGGCGAGAAGUUUCGAUGGCGAGACGCGAUUGGCGUGUUGAUUGCCGUGGGUGGAUGUGUUGUUGUCGUGCUAAGCGCGAGCGACAGCAAUCCCAAACUCACCCCAAAGGCCAUUUGGCAUCUCGUCACCCGAUGGGAGUUUGAAACAUAUCUCGGAGUCACUUGUGGCCUCAUCGUUGUGUUGAUGCUGGCCAGCAACAAAUUUGGAGAAAAGACUAUUCUCAUCGACAUUGGUCUGGUUGGUCUCUUUGGUGGCUAUACGGCACUUUCAACAAAAGGUGUCGCCUCGUUACUGACCUACAGUAUCUGGAGAGUCGUCACAUUUCCCAUCACCUACCUACUUGUGGCUGUGCUUGUAUCGACUGCCAUCAUGCAGAUCAAGUACAUCAACCGGGCACUUCAACGCUUCAAUGCUACCAUGGUCAUUCCAACCCAGUUUGUAAUGUUUACGAUAUCUGUCAUUGUGGGAAGCGCUGUGCUGUACCGCGAUUUCGAACGACAAACACCCGAGGACGGCAUCAAGUUCGGCUGUGGGUGUGCUCUGACAUUCUUCGGCGUCUGGUGCAUUACAUCCGGGCGGAAAAAGGACGGCGAUGAACAGGAUGCGAGGAUUGAAGAAGAAGAUGAGGAAUCACUGCUAGACGCGGAGAGAGCCAUGUCUGAAAUCCGUGAUCAUGAGGGAGGCGAUGCAGCGAGACAAACAUCAGUCGCGGUGUCGUCCGAUGGGGCGCCGUCAAUCCGGCGUUAUCAUUCAGCAGAUGUCGGAUCCCUCCCGAAAUCCCUCGCAAAGGUCCCGACCUUCAAUACUCCCGUCGCAACGAAGGAUGUUGACGUCCAGCCUCUUGCCGACCAGGUUCAUGACAUGCAACCUGCGAAUGAGAGCGCCGUUCACGUCGAGUCUGCUGCACCUCUUCUUCAGCAUACUGAUCCAAAUAAACGACCUCCACUGCAUGCCACCACUUCCGCGCCCAUGCAACCCACAACGUCCAACUCCAACACCGCCUUACGACCGAAGACUCCCUUAACGAGAACACCAACAGGACCAGCUGAAAGCCCAGCAAGAGCCUCUCCAAGCCGCACGCAAUCCAGUGCUGCUCCACGACUACUAUCUCGACGCUCAGCGGUUGGUCUAUUCCCCAGCGCAUUGACAAGUCCGCUCAGCGGAUCUUUGAGUGCCAUCGUAGCGGAUGAACUUCGUCGUGGGAUUGACAGAUCUCCCUUGGCUAAUGUCUCCAUGGCAAGGCGGCGGUCCGCAAAGGGAACAAAUCCACCUCGAAGAGCUACGAAUGAGUAUGGUGAUACAAGGCCAGACCUAACUCAAGGCAGACCUGCACACAGUAAAACUAAAUCCAUGGCAACUGGUGGCACUCUGCUUGAUUUCGAGCAAGGCACCACCGGUUUGAAUAUCAACGGAAGGAGACCGAGUACAGCAAUGUCUGAUGUAUUCAACUCCGGUGCAGGCGCUUCUAGUCUUAAAAAGCAGCGUACGUGGGAUGUUCAAACCUCGCAGAAUCUCGCUCCGGCGUUUGAGGAGGAAGAUUCGCGUAAUUCGUGA